UGAAGACGGCAAGCAGCGACAUCCGUAUCUUCUGUCGUCUGGUGCCGUGGGUACGUCUUUUACGGCGAUUAUCCCGUAAAAAUGAACGUGAUCGCGAAGUCAACGAAUAUCGUGCCCUUCGCCAAGGCUACGGUGAAUGUCGUCACUGUGGGUACAGAGCCAGUGAGGACAGCAAGCAAAAUCGCCAAAAAGAAGAUCAUUGCAGCUACUCCUAUUCAACGACUGCUCAACUACACACUCAGCCAAGACCUUCGAUUACACGGGGCUCUACGUGUGAGCUCAGGAAUCGGUGUGAGCUCCCAGGUAAUACAACAAAGGUUAGCACAUACAGACAUACGAGUACCAGAUUUUAAUGAUUACCGCAGAAAUGAAGUUCAGGAUCCACAAACUAAAAGUCGCGAUUCUGCACCAUCACGUCAAGCUAUGCAGUACUUGAUUGCAGCAGUGUUUACUGGAGCCUACGUAGCAAAAAGCCUUGUAUACGACCUGGUUUCAACUAUGUCUGCAUCAGCCGAUGUCUUGGCCAUGGCUAAAAUUGAAGUUAAUCUUUCUUCUAUCCCGGAAGGAAAGAGUGUUGUUUUCAAAUGGCGUGGAAAGCCCUUAUUCAUUCGUCACAGGACUUCAUCUGAAAUUGACAGAGAGAACUCUGUUGAUGUUGGAUCUUUGCGCGACCCCCAGGCUGAUGCAGAUAGAGUAAAGAACCCUCAAUGGCUUAUUGUUAUUGGAGUUUGCACGCACUUGGGUUGUGUACCAAUUGCAAAUGCUGGCGAAUUCGGUGGUUACUAUUGUCCAUGCCACGGAUCGCAUUAUGAUGCUAGUGGAAGGAUUAGAAAAGGACCGGCUCCUCUUAACCUCGAGGUUCCCGAAUACGAGUUCAAUGGCGACCUUGUUGUAGUUGGUUAAUUAUUUAAAAGUUCUUUCGAACUGUAGAGUAUUAACAAUUGGCAUCGUUACUGAAAACCGUCGUUUAUAAAAUUUCAUUUACAAUCUAAAAAAGCCAAGUAAAUCAAAUAGGCUCUCAACAUUUUAAAGUGAAUACGACGACUGUCGUUAUUUCCAAACAAGCAAAUUUGUACAGUCGUUAAAAUAAAUAUUUAAUGAUUUCCAAAGUUAAUUACGUCACUUGGAUUAAUUUGUUUUUAUUGCGAACGGCAGAUCAAAGCAUUAAAAUAGAUACA